UCCAAUUCCUUUUUUUUUUCUUUCUAAAUUCCUAAAUAAAUAAUAAACCCAAAAAAAAAAAAAAAACACGCCAAAGUCGCCAACCCCAAAAAUCCCCCGAAUCUCAAUCCGUCCUGCAACGCAACUUCCCCAAAUCGUCUUAUUGUCUUUUCGUUUUUGACGUCGGUGAUGAUGAGCAGCUGCUCCUUAUUAACACUCCCAUCAUCGUCGUCGUUAAUCUUAAUCUUCAUCUCCAUCUCGUAGUCUCUUCCGGUUAAUUGAUUUCGUUUCAUCAUCCCAAAAAAUUCAGAAAAUCCAGAAAAAAAAGGAUCGGAAAAUGUACGUAACGGCGGUGCGACCGACGGAUCUGAAUCGGAACACGGAGUGGUUCACGUACCCCGGAGUUUGGACCACUUACAUUCUUAUGGUGUUUUUCUCGUGGCUCACCGUUCUCUGCCUCUUCUCUUGCUCUCCCGGCAUGGCCUGGACCGUCGUCCACCUCUCCCACUUUCUCGUUACUUAUCACUUUUUCCACUGGAAGAAAGGAACACCAUUUGCAGAUGAUCAGGGUAUCUACAAUGCACUGACAUGGUGGGAGCAAAUAGACAAUGGCAACCAACUCACUCGAAACAGAAAGUUUCUAACCGUCGUGCCUGUUGUGUUGUACUUGAUAGCCUCACACACGACGGACUAUCAAAAUCCAAUGCUCAUCUUUAACACGCUAGCAGUUUUUGUGUUGGUAGUUGCAAAGUUCCCAAACAUGCACAAGGUUCGUAUAUUCGGAAUCAACGCUGAUCACUGAUCUCUCUAAACGAUCAAGCUUGACUAUAGUUUUCUUGGUCCAGUCAUAUGAGUUCCCUUGCCCUAAUCAUAUUGGCAAUUCAGACAUAACGGUAGAAUCCCUGUUGAAAUGUUGAAACUGGAAACAAUGUAUUAUUUUUUGGAUGAAGUGAAAUUUUUUACCCCUC